AUGAGCGACGAAGAACUUGUUCAGUGUCCUAAUAAUCCCAAUCACCGGGUUCCUAGAUGUCAAAUAGACGAGCAUGUAAAUAAAUGUAAAUUAUUGAUGAAUCUUAAUCAAGAAAUGCAAAUUACAACUUCAUCCGAUGACGAAAUGAGCGACGAAGAUCUUGUUCAAUGUCCUUAUAAUCCUAAUCACCACGUACCUAGGUCUCAAAUAGACGAGCAUACAAAUACAUGUAAAUUUUUGAUGGAUCCUAAUCAAGAAACUCAAAUUACAUUUUUAUCCCACGACGAACCAAGACCCUCAACAUCUUACCAGGAGUUACCUCAGGAGGAGAGUUCACUUCAGGAGGGGAGUUUACUUCAGGAGGGGAGUUCAAAACAGGAGGAGAGUCAAAUAGCAGAACUUCCAAAUUUACAGGGUCCAUCUUUUCAUGAAUGGAGACCACCCAAAGAUCCAACAAAAUUACAGGAAAAAUCAUCUUCCGGAUUAAAAAKGCCAAGACUUAUUUUAAGGUCGUUAAGAAAGAGAGGUAUCCUAGCUGAAUCAGAAAUAGAAUCCUGUAAACCAAAAUUAGAGCAAGACAAAAAGUCAAGUUCUAAGAAGCCAGAAAUGCGAAUAGAAUCAUAUUAUAAAAUAUUACAUGAAAAAAUAAAGUUACUGGAGAAACUAAAAAUAGACAGUGGUUCUGAUGAAGAUUCUUCUUCAAGCAGUGGGUCGACGUUAUCACUUAUAGACACUAUGCCAGAUAAAAAGAAAAAAAUUCUAUAUGAUAUGGGUACAGAAUUUCAAGAAGAACUGAGAUCUACUUCACAACAAACAGGAAGUUCACAACAAACAGGUAGUUCACAACAAGAAUCUAGUUCACCAAAGCCAAAAAUGACAGGCGAAGAGAUAGAUAAACAAACAGAUGUUGAAAGAUGGGUGAUUCAAUCGUCACGUUUUAUGUCAGAAGUUACUACUCCAUUAGAAGUUAAAUUGGAAGAGCCUCCUUCAACUGGAGAUGUUCUACACGAACAAUCGCAAUCAUUUAGUGUACGCACUGAAACAACACAUGAUUCGGAUCGUUCAGAAAAGACAAAAAUGACACAGGAAAAGAUACCUGAAAAAAUGGAUACAGAAGAAAAAAAUAAGGCUCAAGUGUCACCUACUUUAUCAGAAAGGAUUACUCAAAUAGAAAUUAAAUUGGAAAAACUUUCUCUGGCUGCAGAUGUUUCAAAAAAACAAUUACAAUCAGUUAGUUCUCCAACAAAAACAAAAGAAGAUUCAGAUCGUUCACAAAAGCCAAAAAUGACAGACGAACAGAUUCCUGAAAAAAUGGAUACAGAAGAAAAAAAUAAGGCUCAAGUGUCACCUACUUUAUCAGAAAGGAUUACUCAAAUAGAAAUUAAAUUGGAAAAACUAUCUCUUGCUGCAGAUGUUCCAAAAAAACAAUUACAAUCAGUAAGUUUUCCUAUUGAGACAAAACAAGAUUCGGAUCGUUCACAACAGCCAAAGACGACAAAGGAAAAGAAACCUGAAGAAAUAGAUACUGAAGCAAAAAUUGAGACUGAAGAGUCACAUACUUUAUCAGAAGUGAUUACUCAAUUAGAAAGUGAAUUGGUAGAACCUUCUCUGGCUGCAGAUGCUCCACUACAACAAUCACAUCCAUUUAGUUUCCCUGCUGCAACAACACAUGAUUCGGAUGUUUCACAACAGCCAAAAAUUAUAAGUAAAACGAAACAUGAAGAAAUGGUUACUGAAGCAGAAAUGGAGACUGAAGAGUCACAUACUUUAUCAGAAGUGACUACUCAACUAGAAGUUGAAUCGGAAGAAUCUUCCUUGUUUAAAGUGGUUCCACAACAACAAUCACAAUCUUUUAGUUUUCCUGCUGCAACAACACAUGAUUCGGAUGACUCACAACAGUCAGAAAUUAUAAGUAAAAAGAAACAUGAAGAAAUGGAUACUAAAGAAAAAAUACAAACUGAAGAGUCGCAUACUUUAUCAGAAGUGACUAUUCUAGUAGAAGGUGAAUCGGAAGAACCUUCUUUGUUUGAAGUGGUUCCACAACAACAAUCACAACCUUUUAGUUUCCCGGCUGCAACAACACAUGAUUCAGAGGAUUCACAACAGCAAAUUAGUUCUAUGAAAGAGAAAUAUGCAGAAAAUAUUGAAGAAGAAAUUGCGGAUGCUGAAGUGUCACAUAUUUUGGCAACAGAGACGAAUUUACAACUGAUUAAAACGGAGGAACCUUCUUCGUCUAAAGCUGUUCCAGAAAUAAUAGUUACUUUUCAUGGUGAAACAACAAAUGAUGAGUCACAGCAAGCAGAUAUUUCACAACAAGAAAGUAGUUCGCUACAAGAAAAUAGUUCGCUACAAGAAGAUAGUUUGCUACAAGGAGGUAGUUCGCUACAAGAAGAUAGUUUGCUACAAGGAGGUAGUUUGCAACAAGAAGAUAGUUCACAACCAGAAGAAUUGUCAGAUAUGUUCAGUUAUCUGCAUUCAAAAGAUACUGGAUCUUCAGAACCUACCUCAUCUUUACAAGAAGAACAAUCCGAACCAGUUGUUUCUCAUGAUAAGGCAAAACAUCAAUUAGAUGUACCACAAGAAGCAAGUAGACAGAGGAAAAGGUCAUAUAGUACUUCAAGUGAAGACACGGAUAUCGAUAUAGGUGAUUUACAAAAAGCAGGUAGCUCACACAAAUCAGCUAUUUCACCAGAAGCAGAUAGUUCUCAAAGGAAAAAAAAAUUUCUAGAAAUAAGAAGACGUUUUGAAGCUGCUUCAACAAAAGAUAANUCCUACGACGAGGUACAAAGACCCUCAACAUCUUACCAGGAGUCACCUCAGGAGGCGAGUAGUCAUCAGGGGGGAAGUCAAAUGGCAACUCUUCCAAUUUCUGAGGGUACAUCUACUCAAGAAUGGAGAUCACCAGACAAACCACAAAAAAAGGUAACAUCACCAAACAGAUUACAAAUGCUAAAACCAUACCCAAAGCCGCUUAAAAGUAGAGAAAUCUCAACUAAAUCAGGAGACUCAAGUAAAUCAGAUUUGUUUUCGGACAAACAGUCAAAAAAGGGUCUGCUAGAAAUGCGUAAAGAAACAUAUCUUAAAGAAUUAAGUAGAAAAAGAAAGGAUCUCAAGAAACUAAAAAUAGACAGUAGUUCUGAUGACAAUUCUUCAUCAAGCACUGAUUCGGCAUUAUCACUUGAAGAUACUAUGUCAGAAAAUAAGGAAAUUAUUCUAUAUGAAAUGGGUUUAGAAUUUAAGUCACAAAUUCCUUCUACUUCACAACAAACAGAUAGUUCACAACAAGCAGCUAGUUCACAACAAGCAGUUAUUUUACAACCGCCAAAACUGACAUUGGAAAAGAAAGAUGAAAAAAUGGAUGAUGAAAGUUCGGUGGAUCCAUCGUCACGUUUUUCGCCAGAACCGUCUGAUCCAUUAGAAUUUGAAAUGGAAGAACCUUCUUUACCUGGAGAUGUUCCACAAGAACAAUCAGAAUCAGUUAGUUCUUAUGCUGAAACAUCAGAUGAUUCGAUCGAUUUACAACGGCUAAGUAGAAAAAGGAAAAUGGAACAUGAAAAAAUGGAUACAGAAGAAAUAGUGGAGAUUAAAGUGUCACAUCUUUUGGCAGAAGAGACUACUCCAUUAGAAGUUGAAUUGGAAGAACUUUCUUCGUCUAAAGAGAUUCCACUACAGGAAUCACAACAAUUUAGUUUUCAUACGGCGUUAUCAUAUCAUUCAGAUGUUUCAGAUCAACUAAAAAUGAUUAGUAAAAAGAAACGUGAAGAAAUGGAUACAGAAGAAAACAUAGUGGCUGAAGCGUCACAUACUUUAUCAGAGGUGACUACUCAAUUAGAAGUCGAAUUGGAAGAACCUUCUCUCGUUGCAGAUGUUUUACAACAACAAAUACUACCAUUUAGUUUUCAUGCUGCUUCAACAUCAGAUUCAGAUUACAUUGUCACAACAAACGAUGAGUCUCAACAAGCGGAUAUUUCACAACAAGAAAGUAGCUCGCUACAAGAAGAUAAUUCGCUACAUGAAGUUAGUUCGCUACAAGAAGAUAGUUUGCCACCAAAAGAUAGUUUAUCAGAAGCUGAUAGUUCACAAAAAGAGAUGAGCGACGAAGAACUUGUUCAGUGUCCUAUUAAUCCCAAUCACCAGGUUCCUAGAUCUCAAAUAGACGAGCACGUAAAAACAUGUAAAUUUUUGAUUGAUCCUAAUCAAGAAACUCAAAUUACAUUUUCAUCCUACGACGAGGUUCCACUACAACAAUUACAACCAUUUAGUUUUCAUGCUGCUUCAACAUCUGAUUCAGAUGUUUCACAACAGCCAGAAAUGAUAAGUAAAAACAAACAUGAAGAAAUGGAUACAGAAGAAAAAAUAGAGGCUAAAACGUCACAUACUUUAUCAGAAGUGACUACUCAAUCAGAAGUUGGAUUGGCAGAACCUUCUUCGUCUGUUCCAAAAGAACAAUCAAAACCAGUUAGUUCUCCUGCCCGGAAAACACAAGAAUCAGUCCGUUCAGAACGUCAAAGUAGAUCUAGGAAAAAGAAAUAUGAAGAACUAAUGGAGACGGAUUCGGUUAGACCACGACACCGAAGUAAGUCUUUAAAAAAGAAAUAUGCAAGAAUGUAUACAGAAGAAAAAAAGGAGGCUGGAAGGUCACAUCUUUCGACAGAAGAAACUACUUCAUUAGAAGUUGUAAUGGAAGAACCUUCUUCGUCUAGAGAUGUUCCAGAAGUACUAGUUUCUUAUCAUGGGGAAAUAAUAUAUGAUACUUCAUCAAGUGAUUCUCAUAAGUCACCACAAACAGAUUUUUCACAACAAGCAGAACCUAAAGUUGAUGUUUCACAAGUGGCAAGUAUGUUAAAGAAAAGAUCAUAUGAAAGCUCGGAAGAAAGCACGGAUGACAAUAUAGGUGAUUUACCAAAUCCAGCUACCUCACCAAAAUCAUAUAGUUCAUCAGAAACAGAUAGUUCACAGAGGAAAAAAAAAUGUUUAAAUAUACGAGAACUUUCUGGUUCUUCUUCAACAACAGAUGAAGAUAAAGGUGAAAAGAUUGGAUUGGAAAAACCUUCUACCUCUUCUUCAACAAAACAAUCAAAGCCAGUUGUUUCUCCUGGUAAGACAAAACAUCAAUUAGAUGUUCCACAAGUGGCAGGUAGGUUAAGAAAAAGGUCAUAUGAAAUGUCGGAUACCAAAUUAGCUGGUUUAGACGAUCCAGGUUCCUCAUAUCAAACACAUAGUUCACAAGAAACAGAUAUUAGUUCGCUACAAGAAGAUAGUUUGCCACAUGGAGGUAGUUUGCUACAAGAAGAUAAUUCGCUACAAGAAGUUAUUUCACGACAAGAAGAUAGUUUUUCACAAGGAGGUAGUUUGCUACAAGAAGAUAGUUCACAACCAGAAGAAAGCUGUGGAGAAGAAACGUCAGAUAUGUUGGAUUAUCUGCAUUCAAUAGAUACUGGAUCUUCAGAAUCUACUACAUCUUUUCAAGAAGAACAAAUCGAAUUGGAUGUUUCUCAUGAUAAGGCAAAACAUGAAUUAAAUGUUCCACAAGAAGAACGUAGGUUAAGGAAAAGGUUACACGAAAGCUCAACUAAGAGCACAGAUAUCGUUGAUUUACAAAAAGAMGGGAGCUCACAAGAAGCAGAUAUUUCAUCAGAAACAGAGAGUUCACAAAAGAAAACAAAAUUUUUAGCAAAAAAAAGACGUCAUGAAUCUACUUCAACAACAUUUGAAGAUAAAAGUAAAAAGAUUGGAUUCGAGAAAACUUAUUUCUCUGUUCCAAAAGAAAAAUCAAGACCAGUUGUUUCUCGAGGUAAGACAAAACAUCAAUUAGAUAUUCCACAAGAAGCAAGUAAGCUAAGAAAAAGAUCAUAUGAAACCUCAAGUGAAAGCACGGAUAUCGAUAUAGGUGACUUGCAAGAAGCAGGUAGCUCACUAAAAUCAGAUAUUUCACCAAAAGCUUAUGAUACUAUGUCAGAUAAUAAGAAAAUUAUUCUAUAUGAAAUGAGUUUAGAAUUUAAGUCACAAAUUCCUUCUACUUCACAAAAAACAGAUAGUUCACAACAAGCAGCAAGUUCACAACAAGCAGUUAUUUUACAACCGCCAAAACUGACAUUGACAAAGAAAGAUGAAAAAAUGGAUGAUGAAAGUUCGAUGGAUCUAUCGUCACGUCUUUCGUCAGAACCGUCUGAUCCAUUAGAUUUUGAAAUGGAAGAACCUUCCUUACCUGGAGAUGUUCAACAAGAACAAUCAGAAUCAGUUAGUUUUUAUGCUGAAACAUCAGAUGGUUCGAUCGAUUUACAACAGCUAAAUAGAAAAAGGAAAAUGGAACAUGAAGAAAUGGAUACAGAAGAAAUAGUGGAGGUAAAAAUGUCACAUCUUUUGGCAGAAGUGACUACUCCAUUAGAAGUUGAAAUGGAAGAAUCUUCUUCGUCUGAAGUGGUUCCACUACAACAAUCACAACCAUUUAGUUUUCAUGCUGCGUUAUCAUAUCAUUCAGAUGUUUCAGAUCAGCCAAAAAUGAUAAGUAAAAAGAAACGUGAAGAAAUCGAUACAGAAGAAAACAUAGUAGCAGAAGCGUCACAUACUUUAGCAGAAGUAGCUACUGAAUUAGAAGUUGAAAUGCAAGAACUUUCUUUGGCUGCAGAUAUUCCACAACAACAAUUACAAUCAGCUGAUGCGUCACCUACUUUAUUAGAAGUGAUUAUUCAAUUAGAAGUCGAAUUGAAAGAACCUUCUCUGGCUGCAGAUCUUCCAAAACAACAAUUAAAAUCAGUUAGUUCUCCUACUAAGACAAAACAAGAUUCGGAUCGUUCACAACAGCCAAUGACGACAACGGAAAAGAAACAAGAUAAAAUGGAUACAGAAAAAGAAAGGGAUGCUAAAACGUCACAUACUUUAUCAGAAGUGACUACUCAAUCAGAAGUUGAAUUGGAAGAACCUUCUUUGGCUGAAGAGGUUCCACUACAACAAUCACAACCAUUUAGUUUUCAUGCUGCAUUAUCAUAUCAUUCAGAUGUUUCAGAUCAGCUAAAAAUGAUAAGUAAAAAGAAACGUGAAGAAAUCGAUACAGAAGAAAACAUAGUAGCAGAAGCGUCACCUACUUCAUCAGAAGUGAUUACUCAAUUAGAAGUUGAAUUGGAAGAACCUUCUUUGGCUGAAGAGUACAAAAAUCAUCCAGAAGAGUUCGCAAGUGUACUAGAUUCCACAUCGUUACCAAUAGUAUAA